CCCCUGGUCGUACAUGCACUGGAUGAGGCAAAACGAAUAUUCCCAAAUCCCGAUCUCAUUAUUUGGACUGGCGACAACGUUCCCCAUGUUGACAACUACAGCUGGGACUAUGUCAUAAACGUGAUGAAUUUAACCACUUCUCUUCUAUUUUCACGCUUUCCCAAUCAAACAAUUCUUCCCACAUUCGGAAAUCACGACUACGCACCUGCGAAUGCGUUUACCAGCAACAGCAGUUUGUAUUCGGCCAUGUGGGAUUUAUGGGAAGACAUGCUGGGCCCAAGCGAGAAAGUAAGUUUCAGUUUGGAACAAGUGGUUAUGUGA